AUGCCUGCGACGGAAUACGCGGAUAUUUUACGGGAACAGGAGGAGCUCGAAGCCCAGGACAGUGCUUACGUGGACCAAGACCGCUUUUCUACGAUCGAAGAAGCUUAUCUUCAGGUCGCGGCUCAGAUGGCUCAGUACCAAGAGGACCUCGCCGUUCCCAACCUUCAGGAUGUACGGAAAUUGCUGUACCUUAAAUCGGCCUUGACCGGAGAAGCAGCGGAGGUCAUCCAAAAUACGCCAAUCACCGAUGCUGGAUACCAAGGAGCCUGGGAGGACCUUGGGCAGCGGUACGGGAACUUGCGUCUUCUGUCUUUCGCGCACCACAGGGCACUUCUUUCCUGCCCUCUCGCGCAACAACAGUCUGCCGCGGAAUUGAAACGGCUGUUAGAUACCUUCAAACAGUCGAUUAGAGCGUACACUGCGCUGAACAAACCAGUACCUCAGUGGGAUGAGUGGUUUGUUUAUUUCUUAAGCCAAAAAUUGGACAAAACCACGCACCUGGUCUGGGAAACCUCUCUAGCUGAUAGUCGCGACGUAACGUCGUUCCGGCAGCUUUCUCUUUUUCUGGAAAAUCGCAUCCAAGCGUUGGAUGCUGCUCAGGAGGCCGACCCAGUGUUGCAUCCCGCGACAACAAAAGGUGCUCAGGCUAAAACAAAAAAGGAGGCGCCUGUAAAACGCACUAAUGUAGCAGUCUUAACUGCUUCGGCAAAGAGUCCCGCCCCUCGUAAGUGCCCCUCGUAUGCUGGAAAUCAUAACUUUGCUUAUUGUUCUAAGCUAAAGGCGCUCCCACCUCGGCGCCGGAAGGAGCGAGCUCAGCAACUACAGGCGUGCUUUAAUUGCUUGACCGUUGGCCACGACUCAACCAAGUACCCGUCAAGCCAAGUCUGCUUAGCGUGUGGCCACAAGCACCACGCGCUGCUCCAUAAUGCGAUGGCGAGUCCCACGAAGAAUACGCCCGCGAACAACGGAGACGUUUCGACAUCGCAAACCUCAACGGCCUCCACCGAAACAGAAGAGAAGGGCGUGGCCGCUUCCUUUGCCUGUUCAGCUACCACUCGACCCGCCGCACUCUUAGCGAUGGCCAAGGUGAGGGUGGAGGCGCCAUCAGGAGAACUUCUCGAGGUCAGAGCCUUGCUGGACACCGGUUCGGACACGUCGCUUGUAUCUGCUUGGGUAGCUCAAGCACUCCGUUUGCCACGGCGGGCGGUCAGCGUCGCCAUCUCAGGAGUUCAGGAGAAUGAGAGCGGAGUGGCGAAAAGUGAGGUUUCUCUUUCCUUACGCUCUCGUAUGGAACCCAGCUUUCGUUUGUCGGUUCGAGCGUUGGUGCUGCGGAAACUCACUGCGUUACUUCCCGCUCGAGCAGUGCACUCACAAUCUUGGCCGCAUCUUCAAGGAGUGACUCUUGCGGAUCCGGAAUACGGAGUACCCUGUCGUGUCGACUUAAUCCUGGGAGCUGAUAUUUGUGGAGUUUUGUUACAGGACGAGUCGCGGGUCGGGCCGGUUGGCACACCGACGGCGAGGCGCACUCCUUUCGGGUGGGUGUUGAUGGGCCCAGUCUCCGAUACCAAAGGACAAGGCAGCAAGGCGGUCCUCCACAGUCUUCACUGCCAAACGGACGACUCAACCAAUAGGCUGCUUCGACGCUUUUGGGAGGUCGAAGAGCUACACGAGCAGCCUCCGUUAUCACCAGAGGAACAGGAAUGUGAGAAGCACUUUCGAGAGACGCAUUCUCGGGACGAAACCGGCCGCUAUUCGGUACACCUCCCUUUCAAAUUGGAUCCAAGCUUCGCCCUGAAGCCCUGCAGAUCAACGGCGCUAAAGUUUCUGCUCAGCUGUGAGCGCAAGUUGGCAUCCAACGAAGCCUGGCGAGACAAGUACUCGCAGUUUAUGGAGGAAUAUGCAGCCUUGGAUCACAUGGAGGCGUUACCGGGGUCUGCGGUUCAGGAUCCAGCUUACUAUCUACCUCACCAUGCAGUGGUGAAGCGAUACGACUCUAGCGGCAAAAUCAGGGUCGUCUUCAACGCCUCCUUUCGCACCGCCACUGGAUCCUCUCUUAACGACUGUUUGAUGCCUGGACCGAAACUACAGUCAGACCUCUGGAUGAUUCUAACACGAUGGCGCUUAUUUCGAGUAGUAUUUACCUCGGAUAUUGUUAAAAUGUUCCGACAGAUUCGAGUACACCACACGGAUGCGGACUGGACCAGGAUACUUUGGCGCUCCAGACCCGAUCAACCUGUACAGGACUUCAGGCUCAAGACCGUCACCUAUGGCACAGCCUGCGCACCCUUCCUAGCGCUGAGGGUGUUGGUCCAACUUGCUGAAGAUGAGGAGGAGCGUUUCCCGCUGGGAGCGGUCGCAAUUCGUCGGCAUUCGUAUGUGGACGACAUUCUUGCCGGAGCCGACGACGAGAAAGCAGCCCUGGAAUUGAGACGACAGGUUAUCUCCAUCCUGCAGUCGGGAGGAUUCGAUCUGAGCAAAUGGGCAUCGAAUAAACCAAGCUUGCAGGAAGCGAAAGAAUUUCAAACGUGCGUGUUCCAGGACUACCCUGGAGUCAGUACCUUGGGGGUCGUCUGGAGGCCAAACACGGACACCUUCUCUUUGCGUGUUCUUCCGCCUCUCAAUGAGCCCACGCGAUACACUAAAAGGCGUAUCCUCUCGGAAGUAGCCAGCCUCUUCGACCCUUUGGGAUGUGCGGCCCCUGUUUUAAUUUUUGCAAAGAUUCUUAUGCAGGAUCUUUGGAUAAUUGGCGCAGAAUGGGAUGAGGACUUACCUGAGCAACUACUUUCCGCAUGGGAAACCUUCCAAAGUGCGCUGAGCCAACUCGACGCUUUGGCAAUUCCUCGCUGGACGAAUUACUCAGCGGACAUUGCGCAACUGGAGCUGCACGGGUUCUGCGAUGCCUCCCAGCGAGCCUAUGCAGCCGUCGUCUACCUGCGAGUGUCCAGGGGAGAAUCCAGCGUAGCCACACUACUUGUGGCAAAAACCAAGGUGGCACCGGUCAAGGCACUUAGCAUACCACGACUGGAAUUGUGCGGCGCGGUGCUACUUUCCAAACUAAUAGCGGAAGUACAAAAGGGAUUGACCUUACCAGCAACCAUCACGGCUUGGACGGACUCCAGCGUUACCCUCCACUGGAUAAGAGGGCAUGCCUCAACCUGGAAGCCGUUUGUUGCCCACAGGGUUGCUACCGUGCAGUCCAAUGUUCCGCCUCAAAAUUGGAGACACGUGGCAACCAAACACAACCCUGCGGAUUUGGCUACAAAGGGAUAA